AUGUUUUCCAUUGCCAAUCCUAAUGAAGUUCGUUGCAAAUGCACAAGAUGCAAUCGCAAUCCUCUUGGAUACACCAUGACAGAUAAAAGAACUGCCAAGCGUCAUGCCCAGAAUGAUAAUGACAGGAAUAUGGAUAAAACCAUUAAUGAACAAAUAGUUUUGACAGCCGAAGUAAACACUGGUGAAGCUGAUAUGGACAUAGAUCAAAUUGAAGAACAUAUUGAAUAUGAUAAUUACUCUAUUGGUGCACCCUCACCAGAGCAGUAUGUCAAUACCCACUUACCUCUUUCAGUGGAAGAAUCUCUUUUUGAAACAGAGGAGUAUACCUCAGAGUAUGAGUCUGAAUAUGAGUCGUCGGAUGAAUUUGAGCAAGAAGAACAGAACAGAGAGCAAGAACAGGAGUCUACAGAAAACCUUCCAGAGAAUAUUUGGCAUUGA